CGAGUACGUCAGAGUACGCAUCUUUACAUAUUCUCAAGCAUUCUAGCAUUUCUAGCCAUUCCCGGCAUCGAGGGUCGAGGCCGAGUUGGGCCUUUUGUAUACGUACAUUUUCGCGAUCUACACCAUGUUCAACAUGCGGCAAUUGUAUCGUGAUGGACUCUAAUCCGAUUGUAAUGAUCGCGAUAUAAUCUCUUUUAUCAAUCUCAUUAAUAAUUCGGUGAAAGUUUCUAUUUUUUUUCCUAGCUCUUAUUUUCAUAAAUUUACUUAAAACUUAAAAGAUAAAAGAAAAACUUGAUACAAUGGUGAAAUAUUAUGAAAACAUCACAACCUUUCAUUUCGAUUGGACUCAAGUUGUUCGAGGAUUCUUUCAAAGAUAUCCGAAUCCGCACAGUUCGCAUGUUCUCACGGAGGAUACAAUCUCCAGAGAAAUUAGAAAUGGAAAGCUUUACUCCAAACGGUUAUUAACAAAAACCAACAGAGUACCCAAAUGGGGAGAAAGAUUUAUCAGCAAAAAUGUUGUCAAAAUUGUAGAAGAAAGCAUUGUUGAUCCAGAAGCAAAAACUUUGACUACUUACACAAGAAAUUUGGGUUAUACCAAAGUUAUGAGCAUUGUUGAAAAAGUAGUUUAUCAGACCUCUGAUGAAAAUCCAGAAUGGACAGUUGCAAAGAGAUCAGCAUGGAUUGAUAGUCAAGUUUUUGGUUUCAGCAGGGCAAUUCAAGCAUUUGGAUUAGACCGAUUUAAGAAAAAUUGUACCAAGAUGUCUGAAGGCUUUAAUUAUGUUCUUACAAAUAUGUUUCCUCAUACAGCUCAAUUUAUAAAUCCGAAACUUUCUCAGACGAGUUUUUCUAUGCAAGCUGGCCAUAGCAUUACGGAUGAUAAUAUUACGACAAAGCCAAGUCUCGCGGAAGAUUUACAGCACUCUCUACAGGGUAAAGCAGAAAAAAUGAAAGAUGCUGCUAAAAAAGCCACAGAUUUGGCAAAACAAAAAGCAAGACCAAUAUAUGCAGCUUGUCAACCAAACCAGUCAUAAAUCUUUGUGUAUUUUAUGAAAUGCAAUCACCGUGCCGGUGAAUGUAAAUAAUAUCGCUUAGCGAUAGAAAUGUUCACCAAUAAUACCAUAUUAUUGCAAUGUAUCUUAAGUGAAAUGAUGAUAUAAUUUUAACGAUUAAUUCGUAAUUACAAUAGAUGUAUAUUACUCAAAUAAUGAUUCGAUGACAAUUAAGGUAAAAAAUUAGAAAAUUGGUAUUGAACAACAAAAGUUGAGAUUUACAGUUUAUAUGAUUUGUUGAACUUGAAAAUGCAAUGUUUUCAAAGUUAUAGCUAUUACAUGCAUAAAAUUUAUAAAAUAUUUUUAGAUGUAUACAUCUUAUCAUUCCUUUUAACUGCCAAAUUGUUAAUAGUGAGUUUUCAGAUAUAAUAUAUAUAUAUAUAUAUAUGUUUAAAUAUGCAUUAUAUAAUCUUCUUUUUAAACACAAAAGACUAUUUUCUAGUUCGUUAAUAAUUUGUGAACAAUGUAUUUCUCUAUGUAAAAUAUUUAGUAAAAAAGCAUUUUGAGAUGUUUAAUCAAUAUAUAUAUAUACACACAUACGUAUGUAUGUUAUGUAUGUAGCGUUUAUUUAUUUAUGUAUGUAUUACAUAAAAAAUAUGUACAAAUUUGCAAUUGAUAAUUAUAUAAAGCAGAUCAUUUUGUAUUAAUAGUUAAUAUAUUAAUGGAAGUAAUUAUAUUAUAAAUACAUUCAAAGGAAUAAUUGUAUAUACAUUCUUUUCUUUUUAAUUAAUAUUAUUAAAUAUUUUAUGAAUUUUUUGUGUGAAUUUUUGAUGUGCGUGCGUUAAUGCAGCGUUAUAGUGUAUUGAUCAAUGCAAGUAACUAAAAGACUUGAUUCCAUUUAUAAGUACAUCUUAUGGAUGUAUUCAUCUGUCAUAGUUUCAGCAUAUGUCUUGUUGUGUUACAUAUAUAUUUAAAUGCUUUUUGUCACAAAGCAUGCUCAUUGUAAAAAAACACAUUAUUUUUAAUGUUUAGAUUAAUGGUAACUCAUUUUUACACAUGUAUAAUUUUUAACAUUAGAUUUAUUACUACAAUUAAUAACAAUUGCUUAUUGAUCAUUUUAGUAAUUAAAUGAAAUGUUCGAAGUUUUAUGAAUUAAAUUUUCUUAUUAGAUAAAAUGUAUAAAAUCUUAAAUUGUAUUAGAGAGAUUUGAAUGUUUUCAAUGUAAAAAGAAUUUAGUAUUUUUAUCAUUUAGAGCUUUUGCAAUUUAUUUACAGUGAUGCUAAUAUUAUUAUAGAUA